GAGCGAGCUGCUCGGCCCCGCUCCCCUCAGCCGCCGGGAGACGGACGGACGGACAGAUAGGCAGGCAGGGAGCUCGCUGCUGCUGCUGCCGCCGCCGCCGCGCCCCGGUUGCCUUUGUGUGCACGGCCCCCGCACCCGCCCGGCGGCAACCUGCUCAGCGCCGCUCCCCGGCCCCUCCGGGCUUUUCCCCGCACCUGCUUGGGCGGGCAGGGCGUGAGUGUCCCUCCGCAGGGGCGCGGCGGGGCGUAUUCCGUUCCCCUCCCUCCCUCUUUCCCUCCCUCCCAGCGGGCCAGGAUGGUGGAUCUGGACAGCGAAGUGCCUCCGCUCCCCCCGCGGUACCGGUUUCGCGACUUGCUGCUGGGCGACCAGGGCUGGCAAAGCGACGACAGGGUGCAAGUUGAAUUCUAUAUGAAUGAAAAUACAUUUAAGGAGAGACUAAAGCUCUUCUUCAUCAAAAACCAAAGAUCAAGUCUGAGAAUACGAUUAUUCAAUUUUUCUCUCAAACUACUAAGCUGUUUCUUAUACAUAGUUCGUGUGCUCCUGGAUGAUCCUACACAAGGACUCGGAUGUAAGGACUUCAAUCGGAGUUGUUCCAAUCAAAACUACACACCUGGAACAAUUGAUUGGUCUCCUAUUAUUUGGGUGAAUCGAAGCUUGCCUUUGUGGGGAUUACAGGUUUCUGUGGCUUUAAUAAGUCUCUUUGAAACUCUGCUGCUAAGUUAUCUAAGUUACAAGGGAAAUAUCUGGGAACAAAUUCUGAGAAUACCCUUCCUACUGGAAAUAAUUAAUGCUGUCCCUUUCAUCAUUACGAUUUUCUGGCCAGUCCUAAGAAACCUGUUUAUUCCUGUAUUUUUAAAUUGUUGGCUGGCAAAGCAUGCUUUAGAGAAUAUGAUUAAUGAUCUUCACAGAGCCAUCCAACGCACGCAGUCUGCAAUGUUUAACCAAGUCCUCAUUUUAAUAUCUACCUUACUAUGUCUUAUCUUCACCUGUAUUUGUGGAAUUCAGCAUCUGGAACGAGCAGGAAACAGGUUGACUCUCUUUGACUCCCUUUAUUUCUGCAUAGUGACAUUUUCCACUGUGGGCUUUGGGGAUGUUACACCAAAGAUAUGGCCUUCAAAGCUGCUUGUUGUCAUUAUGAUCUGUGUUGCUCUUGUGGUGUUGCCCAUACAGUUUGAACAGCUGGCAUAUUUGUGGAUGGAGAGACAAAAGUCUGGUGGUAACUACAGUCGACACAGAGCUCAGACAGAAAAACAUGUUGUAUUGUGUGUUAGCUCUCUGAAGAUUGACUUACUUAUGGAUUUCUUAAAUGAAUUCUAUGCUCACCCCAGAUUGCAGGACUAUUAUGUUGUUAUUUUGUGUCCUACUGAGAUGGAUGCUCAGGUCCGAAGGGUAUUACAGAUCCCAAUGUGGUCUCAAAGAGUUAUCUAUCUGCAAGGCUCAGCACUGAAAGAUCAAGACCUGUUGAGAGCUAAAAUGGAUGAUGCUGAGGCUUGUUUCAUCCUGAGCAGUCGCUGUGAAGUGGACCGGACAGCAGCUGAUCACCAAACCAUUUUAAGAGCAUGGGCAGUCAAAGACUUUGCUCCAAAUUGUCCUUUGUACGUCCAAAUACUGAAACCUGAGAAUAAAUUCCACAUCAAGUUUGCAGAUCAUGUUGUGUGUGAAGAGGAAUUCAAAUAUGCUAUGCUAGCUCUAAAUUGUAUUUGCCCAGCUACCUCUACAUUAAUCACACUGCUGGUUCAUACAUCUAGGGGACAAACAGCCCCAUGGGAAGCUUUUAGACAACUGACUGGAACCAAGCAGACUUUAAACAGGGAGUGUCAGCAAUCACAAGAACAGUGGCAGAAAAUGUAUGGCAGAUGCUCUGGUAAUGAAGUGUAUCACAUUAACCUGGAAGAAAGUGCUUUCUUUGCCGAGUAUGAGGGGAAAAGCUUCACAUAUGCUUCUUUCCAUGCACAUAAAAAGUUUGGAGUCUGUCUGAUUGGUGUUAGAAAGGAAGAUAACAAAAACAUUUUGCUGAAUCCAGGUCCUCGAUAUAUCAUGAGUUCUACAGAUAUAUGCUUUUAUAUAAAUAUCACCAAAGAAGAGAAUUCUGCUAUUAAGAAGCAAGAAAAGCAUAGAAAAAAACAUGAAUCAAAAUUAUCUUACCAUGGAACUUCUAGGCUACCUGUACACAGUAUAAUAGCCAGCAUGGGGACAGUGGCCAUCGAUUUGCAGGAUGCGGGAUGCCGGACACCCAGCGGCCCUACCCUGGCUCUGCCCCCCGAGGGAGGGAAGGAAGGCAGGAGGCCCAGUAUAGCUCCUGUUCUGGAGGUGGCAGACUCAUCCUCCCUUCAGACGUGCGACCUCCUGAGUGACCAGUCAGAAGAUGAAACUACCCCCUCAGAUGAUGAAGUCUCUGCAGGCUUAGAGUAUGCCAAAGGAUAUCCUCCUUACUCUCCAUAUAUUGGAAGCUCUCCCACAUUUUGUCAUCUUCUGCAUGAAAAAGUGCCCUUCUGUUGUCUAAGACUGGAUAAGGGGUGCCAACAUAACUUCUAUGAAGAUGCCAAAGCCUAUGGAUUCAAAAAUAAAUUAAUUAUAGUUGCAGCAGAAACUGCUGGAAAUGGCUUAUACAACUUCAUUGUUCCACUCAGAGCUUAUUACCGACCAAAGAAAGAACUAAACCCCAUUGUAUUGCUCCUGGAUAACCCGCCAGAUAUGCAUUUUCUGGAUGCAAUCUGUUGGUUUCCAAUGGUUUACUACAUGGUGGGCUCUAUCGACAACCUAGAUGACUUACUAAGAUGUGGAGUCACCUUUGCAGCUAAUAUGGUGGUGGUGGACAAAGAAAGUACAAUGAGUGCUGAGGAAGACUACAUGGCAGAUGCUAAGACCAUUGUAAAUGUUCAAACACUCUUUAGGUUGUUUUCAAGCCUAAGCAUUAUCACAGAGCUUACUCACCCAGCUAAUAUGAGGUUCAUGCAGUUCAGAGCCAAAGACUGCUAUUCUCUUGCUCUAUCCAAAUUAGAAAAGAAGGAGCGUGAGAAGGGAUCUAAUCUGGCAUUUAUGUUCCGACUCCCCUUUGCUGCUGGCAGGGUUUUCAGCAUCAGUAUGUUGGAUACACUGCUUUAUCAGUCAUUUGUGAAAGAUUAUAUGAUCUCUAUUACAAGACUUCUGCUGGGACUUGAUACCACACCAGGAUCUGGGUUUCUUUGUUCUAUGAAAAUCACAGAAGAGGAUCUAUGGAUCAGAACAUAUGCCAGGCUAUAUCAGAAACUUUGUUCUUCUACAGGAGACAUUCCAAUCGGAGUCUAUAGAACAGAAUCCCAAAAGCUUACAACAUCUGAGUCUCAAAUCUCUAUCAGUGUAGAAGACUGGGAAGACACUAAAGACACCAAAGAACAAAUCAGCUAUCGCAGUAACCACCGGAACUCAACGUCAAGCGACCGCUCGGAUCACCCCUUGUUACGGCGGAAAAGCAUGCAGUGGGCACGGCGCCUCAGCAGGAGGGCACCCCGACACUCUGGCAGAACAGCUGAGAAGAUAAACCAGCAGAGAAUGAACCUUUACAGGAGGUCUGAAAGGCAGGAGCUUGCUGAACUUGUGAAAAACAGAAUGAAGCACCUGGGCCUUUCUCCAGCAGGAUAUGAUGAAAUGAAUGAUCAUCAGAACACCCUUUCUUACAUCCUGAUCAAUCCUUCUCCAGAUACAAGAUUAGAGCUGAAUGAUAUAGUAUACUUGAUCCGACCUGAUCCACUGGCUUAUGUUCCAAAUACUGCACCUGGCCAAAAAGACAGCUUCUGCAAUACAGUGGGACAAGAUACCAGGGAAGAAACACAACUUUGAUAUGUAACUCAUCACAAAAUUAAUAGACAAUUUUAUACAUGCUGUUUCCACUAACAAUUUUGAAAGCUGAGUGAUACAUUUUGUUCAGAAGUAGAAAACAAAAUGACAAUGGAUAUAUGACCAAAUUUAGAAUAAUGGUGUCUAGAAGCUCUUAUUUAAGUCAUUUUCAGGCUUUGUGGCCUGUUCAGUAUGUUGGAUUUGGGCAGCUUAGCAGAAUUAUGACAGCUAUUACUAUAGCUAUUACAUGACAACUUCUUACCCAUACCAGUAAAGAGGAUCUGGUGUCCAUAGAGACACCAUAUAUGAUUUGUAGUAGAAAAUAUGUUAAUAACUAAAGGAGCCUACAAGGCUUUGCCUUUCAAGAAUCCAGCCUUUGAGAAAAUGCUCAGUGUCUGACUGUCAUCCAUUUCCGUAAGACCAGGCCAGUUUCAGCCACAUAGCAGCCUCCAGGUCUCAGGUGUUAGUUCUCUAAAUUUACACAAAAAAGUUUAAUUAAUCAGCCUCAUCUCACCAUAAAGGCUGAGGUUGAAGGCAGCAUAUCCACUGACAGAUUAGCUCAGAGGAGCCCACCUGGAGAAAGUCCCUAUCAUGUCACACAGGCAUCCACCCACAUUUGUAAAAACUGAGGAUGUACUAUCUGUGUGAAGCUGCAAACAGUGGUAGCACAGAUGAAGAAGAACCCCUUUAACCUUAGUAAGUAUGACAGUAGAAGCCUGGACAGAUGAUGAUACAAAAGUGAGAAGGUCCCUCUAGGGCAUGACCCAUAUCACAAGUCCUUCCCAUUUCCAUUAAUAUGCCAGAACUGCAACUCUACAAGGUGUGUACAUACCCAGUCAUUGAUAUUACCCAAAUUGGAUACAUUUUCAUAUGAAAUGAUGGAUCACAUUGAAAAUUAAAGAAUUGUAUGGCCCAUUCCAUCAAAUGAACGUAACGCCACAUUACAUGACAAGACAUCAUUGAUCUGAAGGCUUGGUUUUGGCAUAAAGUACACAAGAAAACAUCUGCUAGUGAAUUAAACAUCUGAAGUGCUGUGAAAUCUCUAGGCUGCCACAACUGAUCAGGCUUUUCAUAGAAUUAAGCAUGAAUGUACAUGGUCUUCCAAAAUCACAUUCUUGCUUUGCUGUCUGUCACAAAGGGUAAAGAACAUGCUUAAGGUAAAAACUGUACUUUUACAAAUACACAUAUAGAGCUCGUAUAAUAAAUUUGGCAGGUAUUCUGGAAUUGA